GUUAACAGGACGCUGGACACGAUCCCUGCCAAGGUGCAAGAGCAGUCCCAGGAUGUGGUGACGAAGACCCAGGACCAGCUGGGCCUCAUCCGGCAGGAGAUCAGGAGCUUGCAGGAGCAGCUGCCACUCCUGGAUGUGGAGGAGAAUGUCGGGGCCUUUGUGAGCAAUGCCACGUUGGUGCUGGAGGAGUACAGGGAGCCGAUCAUGGCCUUGGACGGGCUCAGGUGGAGCGUGUGUGUCCUCCUGUGCUGCAUGGUGCUGCUGGUGGUCCUCUGCAAUGUCACUGGGCUGCUGCUGGGGCCCCUGGGGCUGAAGGAAAGUGUCCUGCCCAUGCAGCGCAGCAGCCUCUCCAACGCCGGCGGGAACUUCUUCAUGGCAGGAGUCGGCUUCAGCUUCAUAUUCUCCUGGCUGCUGAUGCUGCUGGUGCUGAUCACCUUCGUGCUGGGGGGAAACAUCUACAUGCUUGUCUGCGAGUCCUGGCGCAGCCAGCAGCUCCUCCAGCUCCUGGACACCCCUGGCCUGAUCCCUGGCUUCAACUUGUCGGAGCUGCUGGGCCAGGAGGGUGGCACAGCAAACUUCUCGGAGAUGUACAGGCAGUGUCAGCGAGAUGCUGCCCUGUGGCAAACGCUGCACCUGGACCAGAGCGUGUCCCUGGACGAGCUCUUGAACAUCAGCCAGUACACAGGGGAGAUCUCCACAGCCUUUGAGAAGAUGAACAUCACCCUGAGCCCCAUCUCCUUGCUCAGCCAGAGCCAGAGAGACUUGCUGGAUGGGCUGGAUCAGAACGUGACCCAGGGAAGCCUCCUGGAUCUGGCCACAGAGCUGGAGCAGCUGGCAGACAAAGCGGGCACGGAUGUGAAAGAGGACCUGAAGGCUCAUGCUCAAAAGCUGAGGGAGCUGGACAAGGAGAUGCAGACGAGCUUCUCUGGGCUGCUGCAAAGCCUGAAGGAGGACAUCCACUCAGUGCAGAGCGGGGCUGCCCAGCUCGAGGCACAGACAAAAGCUGCGCUGGACAAAGCCAGCAAAACCCAGGAGUUCCUGGAGAGGGAGACAGCAAACAUCAUCAAGAACGAGACAUGGUCCUUCCUGGAGGAGCUGUUGGACUUCUUUGAGACCUACAUCUCCUGGGCUAAGAGCAGUCUGACAGGAGAUGUGGCACGUUGCAAGCCCAUAGCUCAGACGCUGGAUAACGUAGAGGCCAUCACCUGCGACUACAUCCUGGACUCUCUGAACGCCUUCUGGUUCAGCCUGGGUUGGUGCACCUUCUUCCUGCUGCCCAGCAUCAUCCUGGCCGUCAGACUCGCCAAGUUUUACCGCCGCAUGGACACUGCUGAUGUUUACAGGCCCACUGCCAGCAUGGCCACCGAUCCCGGAGG